UAUUCUAUACUUCGUCUGUGGUUGUAUGUUUCUCGAUCAGAAAAUUCGUCGAUAGCAUACAGUACAGAGAAGUAAAAGGGAGGUGUUAGAGACUGAAUUCUAAAAUGUCAAGAAUACGAAAUUUAGGCCAAUUUGGCCAAAUGUUUACUAGAAACCUAGUAACCGUGAAAACCGUAGAACAACUUUCUCAUCGUCCCAGUGAAGGUACUCUUAAAUUGUGGAGAUUUAUGACUUUGUUUGUCGGUGCACCGUGUCUGGUCCUUUGUAUGAUUAAUUGUUACAUAAACAGCCUUAACGAACACCAUGAAAGGCCACCACCUCUUGAAAUGCCCUAUUUAAAAAUUAUG